AUGUUCUACCAACCCGGCAAAACCGACCACGGCCUGCCCCAUGAUCCAUUCAAGGCAUGCGUCGUCCCCCGCCCAAUCGGCUGGAUAAGCACAACUUCUCCCACCGGCACCCCCAACCUCGCCCCCUACAGCCAAUUUACAAACCUAACCUUCGACCCACCCUACGUUCUCUUCAGCAGCAAUCAGACUGUGUCAGGAGACCGAAAAGACACUGUCGUGAACGCCGAAUCUACCGGCUCCUUUGUGUGGAACCUUGCGACCUAUGACCUGCGCGAAGCGAUGAAUAUCACGGCGCAGCAGUUUCCUUACGGAGUGAAUGAGUUCGAGAAGGCCGGGCUGACCGCGGAACCAUCUACUGUUCUUCCGGUGCAGGUGCCGAUGGUGAAGGAGUCGCCGGUGCGGUUCGAGUGCGUGUAUCAUUCUACAAUGAGACUGCCCGGAAAUCCGCCCAUGGGGACGGUGGAUGUUGUGGUGGGGCGAGUGGUGGGCGUACAUAUUGAUGAAAGGGUGCUUACGGAUGGAAUUCUGGAUAGGGGAGUGCCAAGAUGA